AGGCGAAAGGGUUGGGAACACACCGUGGAAACGGGAAGAGAAACUGAAGCGACCGGUGGUGAGGUUUUGCUCCCAAUCCCCCCUCGCCUCGACGCCUCCGCCGCAUCCUCCCAUCCCUCUCGCCGCGCCGCCGCAGCGUAGCCUCCGUCCGGAUGGCCAGCGCCAGCGGUGGGGUUCGGGCGACGGACGAGAUCCCGGACGUGGAAAUGGAGGUCGUGGAGUGGCCGCCGGAGGAUCCGGGGCGAAUCGGGUCGAAGAGGGUUAGGGAUUCGCCCAUCGCCAAGGGCUCCUAUGGUUUUUGCGGAGUGGCUACUGCUGAGAAGAAACCAACAAAUGGUUCACAGACUCUGCCAGAUUCUAAUUUGAGAUUUAGUAGCUCAUCUCCCAGUGAAGAUCUGGAGAAUGAAAUCAAAAGGCCUACCAAACCAUGUAUCUUUUAUGUUCAAGGUCGGUGCAAGAAAGGAAAUAGUUGCACUUUCCUUCACGAAAGAGAGGGUCCUGGUUCUGAUAACCGGUGGAGUAACGAAGACAAGGAUGGUCUGCUCACACCAGUUGCUUAUGGAAAUUCUAUAGGUUCCAAACAAGGGUCUCAAUUACUACAUCUAUCCAACUCGAAAGCGCCCCUGUUUAAGAAUCCAGAGGGUUCAUCAAAAGAUGAGCUAUACCGGACCCUUAUUCAUGCGUAUGGUGAAGAUAAUAAGAGGUUGACACAUCUUGUUGAUAAACAAACCUCUCCCACUCUGGGGAUUUCACAAGGGAUGAUUUGCAGAAUUGAUGAUUCAUUGAGUAAAAAACCCACCACUCUUACAAAUGGGCUGGUUCAAAUUCCAGUAGUUCAUGAGAAGAAUCACGAACCUUAUUUCAUGGGACGGCAUAUUAGUUUGACUCCUGAUACCUAUUUGGUUGAUAGAAGUACCUUUCCAAGAUUGCAUCUGGAUGGAGAAAUGCUGCAGUUUGAUGUGGACAAGGGAAACGGCUCAAGUGAUUCUCAUGUCUCAAGAGCUUACCUUGAAACAAACCCCGCAAGUUCAAACAAUCGGUAUCGAUCAUUAGCUUAUGGUGGAACAACAGAGAAUCUUCCUCAAGCACAUCAGAAAGAACAUCGUUCUAGCCAUGCCUCAUACAGCUCGCAUAGCUUAACAGGAUUCAGAAAUCCAGGAUUUUCUAGUUCUGAUCAUUCCUUUGGUAGCCCAACUCUCCAAACAUCUCACCUAAAAAUGCUAUCUUCUCAUCAGCUUACACCUGGUAUCAAGAAGGCUGGUCUCCAUAGGUAUGAUGAUGUUGACAAGGGAUGUGGUACUUAUAGGCCUGUGUUACUUGCAAGCGAUUCACCUCAAGCUUCUAUUGUGUCAGCUGGGUCCCUUUCUCCAAUCAAGGAUGAGGUCUGGGAAACAUCAGUGCCUUUUGUGCCGUCUUUCAGUUUUCCUGAUAGCACAACAUCUUCAAGAAGUCAAUAUGACCCGUUUGUUGAUAGUGUUGACCCUCCUAAAGUUGAAAGUACAAAUAAUCUCAGGUCAGCAAAUAUAUCCUGCAGUAUUUCAAGUCAACAUACAAAUCAGAAUGCAAGUACUGACAAAUUACUAAAUUGUGAUGACAAAUUGACAAGGAAUAUGUCCGUCAAAGGAUCAAAUGAGCUUGCAUUUUUAAUUGCAUCUGGUAGGGUACGCAGCUCUAGCCUGCAUGGUAAUGAUAGAGUGAAAGCUUGUGACAGGAAAAACGAUGCAGCUAGUAACAAUGAGAAAACAAGAGAAUUUCGUUUCCGUUUGGCAGAACAUGUCAAGGAGUUGGUGAAACCAAUUUGGAAGGAAGGUUAUCUUAGUAAAGAUGCUCAUAAAAUGGUAGUGAAAAAGUCUGUGGAUAAGGUUCUUGGUUCGCUUGAACCAGAUCAAGUACCAGCUACUGAAGAGCUGAUAACCAAUUAUUUGACCGUCUCUGGGUCAAAGAUAGAAAAACUUGUGAAGGCAUAUGUUGAUAGGCAUCAUACAGCAUGACAACCUUCUAGAUGUUGAAUUACAGCACCACCAAGAUGGGAACUUGAGCCUGCUGUCCUACCAGUGUGGUUAACCUACAUUUCUGGGCCCAAGCAGUUUUAUUGGCAGAAGACUGAACAUUCUUCAAUUGACAAAGGUUGCGGGAAAAAAAAACUCUGGAGUGCUGCUGAAGCAGAGAAGAGCAUUGAUACUAUUGGAUUUGGAUGUUACGUACAGGCAGAUAAGAGAGUAGCUGAUAUGAAGCUUGCCAAAGAUUUUGCUGGGACAACGGAGAAGUACAGGAAACUUCAGAAUCUUGCGAUUCAGAGA